UCAUGGAAUCUUCAUUGACUCUAGCCACUGAGAGCUUCUCAUAUAGUUGGUUAUCAUCAUCAACCUGCAAAUCUACUACUACAACACCAUUAGACCCAAAUUGCCACAACUUCAACUUUGAUAUCUCUUUUUUAACUAAUCCAUCACCUAAUUCUUCUUCUUGUGUUGUUGCUUAUGCUGAUGAACUCUUCUCUGCUGGUACCAUCAAACCUCUGUUUGUUCUUCACCCUAAUAAUAACACCAAACUAGUAGAUUCCUUGGACAAAACCAUUAAUAAGCCUACUAGUUCUUCAUCUUCCAAUUCAAGAGAUCUUAGGUCUCCAAUUCAUCAUCAUAAUCAUGAUGAAUUGUUCACAAGGUGGAAGGCAUCAACAAGGAGAACAUUCAAGAACAUUUCGAGGCGUAUCGGCCUGUUAAGCCGGAAAGUUGUGUGUUCUGGGAAAAUUGUUAGUGUUAUUGAUGAUGAUAUUGAUAUUGAUAAUCACAAUAACAAGAACAAAGAAAGCCAAGUUAAAAGAUCAUCAAUUACAGUUCAUCCUGUUAUUGGUGCUUUCCAUGAUUCUCAUCUUGAGAAUUCAAUUCAUGAAGCUGUUCUUCAUUGCAAAAGAUCAGUAGAAAAUUGAAGAGAAGAAAAAUUGGACAAGCUUUAAUUUGCUAGAGACAUGCCAAGCUGAGGGAUUUAUACAUGAUAUAUUAAGUUAAGGGAAUGUUGGAAUAUAUUAGUGGAUCCUAUGUUCCUGAUGUUAAUAUAUGUAAUUCAUUUUAAUAUAUAUAUAUGUUCUUUAUUUUAAAAUUCCUCUGUAUAUUAUUAAUCACUCUACAUGUCAAUGAAAUUCUUGCUUUCAUAGCAAAGUAGUGUUUCAUUAUAGUAGAGUGAAUACCUCGAGAUAUCUUUAA